UGUUUUCGCAGCAGGCUCGAACUAGCUAGUUUAACACGCAAGAGCUCUUUCGCUCUUAUUUUGUCGUCUGUCGUCGACAUUUAGUUUAGCAGUUUAAUCGCGACAGCACGCUCGCGCACCGUCAUGGUGCACUAUACGACACACUUCAGGCAGUAUGCAGGCAACCGCGAUGGAUUUACCCUCUAAAACCAUGUACGACACAUUCAAAGGUGACAUCUGGAAAGAGCUGGGACCCUUGGACCCCGACUGGUUCGAGGCACUGACGGCUCAAGCGUUCGCCAAUGAUGGAAACGUCUCUGAUCAAGAGGACCUGUGUGCCAACCAACAGGGACAUUUUAAAACGCCAUUUGACAAAACUGCUGUAGACAGUCAGCUGUUUUCAACCCCCAAAGUUUUCAGACAAAAUAGAAUUGUUUCCCCUGAAACUGAGGAUGAGAAGUCGUUCACUGCUGAACAAGAAAAAGAAACAUUGCCAUGGAUGACAACACAAAGUCCAUGUUUGUUUCAGAUGUCAAAACAGGGGGUUGGAGGUGUGAAAUAUGGAGGUAUCCACCCUCAGAGUCAGGACAGUUUUGAUCUGCUUAAUACCCCAGAUAAAUCCUCAGUCAGCUAUGCCAAGAAUAUAUCUGAAAGUCUUGGUGCGCAGAAUAAUCCUGAUAUUUCAUGGACCAGUUCUUUCAAUACUCCACCAGCAAUACCGUCCACCCUGAUCUUAUCUAAACAUGAUGAGAGCCCCUGUCCAGUGAGUCUGCCUGAGGACAAAAAUGUUGUUCUUGUACGGAAGCUUUUCCCUUCUCUUUCAAAUUCAUCCAGACUGGUAUCACCCAAAAACAGUGACUUGCCUUCCGGUCACCAAGGUGUUGUUUCCCCUGAGCCUGGUCAGAAUCCAGAGUCCCACAACUGCCCCCAGACUUCACUGAAUCAGAGCGACGGUGUUUGGAAACAGAUGCUACCAGAUGCUAUUGAGGAUGGAGAAAUGCGCAGUACCAUAGCAAGUGUUCUUGAUGGAGCUGAAGAUGUUCUCUCGAUAUUUUUCACCAACAGUAGUUCAGCACUGAGGAGAGUGAAAACUGAGAGAAUCAGAAGAAAGCAAAUCAGUCAAACAAAACAACAUGGCUGCAUCUCUACAGACAUCUCAACCACAAACAAUAGUGCGUCCAGUGAACAGAGACCAGCUGAUCAGGAUCCUGGCAGGCUUCCCUCACCCCCACCUGUGAAGACUGGAGAUAUUGGAAUCACUCAGUGGUCUCCAUUGAGUUUAUCUGAAAUCCCACCUUGUACUGUGGCUACUUCUUGCCCUGAUGAUGGUGCUGCUACACAAGUGGAAAACAAUGUUUCAACAGAACAACUGCGGAGUGACUUUGAGUCUGGCCAACUAGUCAGACCACCAACAAAAAUCACAGACUCUGGAUUUACAAAAAAAAAGAGAAAAUUUGUUUAUACUGUUCAGAGUUCAAAACUGCAAGUUCAAAGAGAAGAUAGGCCAUCUCAAAGGAUGGACUCAUCACCAGGGAUCCCAGAUUCUGGGCAAAAAGUGAAUGCGAAGCAGUUGGUGAAGGCCCCAGAUGAAACAGACUGUAUCAGGAAGAAUGAGAUGAGCGAACAGGGGAAUCUUGUUGAAGAAAGUCUACCUCACUCUGUACAAGCAAAAGCCCAGGAUCUUGACAUAUCGCAGCUUUCUAAAGAUUUUGCACAAGACUUCAGUCAAAUGACUGAACCCGGUAACCUGAGUAAAGUAGCAGUUCAAAAUGUUUUCUCUCCAUCAGCUUGUCUGUCAGCCAUGAAACAAACUAAUCAGAGAGAGAGGCAAGCAAAGCUUCAUCAUGACUGUGAUGGCAUCAAGAACAGAGGAUCUGUUUUUACCUCUCACCAAAAUAACUCCACCUGUGAGGGCGCAGUAAGUGACAGUGGAUUCCAGUCUGGUGUUGGAGAUAUCAGUCAUGUGACUGCGUCAUCAUUUGUCCCUCCCAGCUCUGAGAACAAUGGUCAACAUUCGGGCUUUAAAACAGACAUCUACAGAACUACUCCUUUUCCAUCUACAAAUAAAGAAAGCGGAAAAGCACAUUUGGAUGAUAUUUUACAAGAAGCUGGAACUGAUGCCAAGCUGUGCAGUACAAUCAAAGAAAGCCGGACACUGGGCCCCAGUGAGAUGUGCAUGGAGAGCACUUCAACACAACUACACAGCAGUGCAAAAGGAACAGUUGAUACUGUUAAUUGCACUCCAUUUAAUGGUCAGGCUCAUGGCAGUCUGCCAGAAAAAACAACAGUUUCUCUUCCUUCCACCCAUGCUUCAGGAUUCAAAACUUCUUCAAAUAAGGGUAUACAAAUUUCCUCAGCUAACCUGGAGAGAGCCAAGCGUCUCUUUGAAGAGACUGAAGGGGAACAAACUUUAAGUAAUCAACCCAUCAAAUGUGUCCGUAGUGUGAGUCAUGGAUCACUGAAAAAUACAACCUCUAACUCACUCCAGCCUCGUUCUUCAAGUGUAACAUUUGUGGAUAACAGUUGUCAGCUAACAGCCUCACAAAAAGCUGAUGUGACUGAGCUGUGCACUCUCUUGGAAGAAGCAGAUAGCCAGUUUGAGUUUACACAGUUCAGAACUGCAAAGCCAAGACAACAUUGUCCGGAUAAUGCCACCUCUCCCCCAAAAAUUGACAAAGAACUUGACCCUGAUUUUCUUACAGGUAUAGAUUUUGAUGACAGUUUCAAUUCAGAUGCUGAAAAGCAACCGACGUGUGACCAAAUGACCUCAGUUUCAGAUGAUAAAACAAAGAAUAAAACAUCUGUUACGAGUAAAUCCACAGGUUUUUCAUUGCCAUGUGCAAUUAAAAAAGAGGAUUUCUCUACUGAAGAUGUGUCUUCCUCUGUAAAGCACAUCUCUGAAGGCAGUAGCGGUAUUGUGUCAUCAGGAUCCAAAAGCCUUGACAGAUCUGGGCACACUGAAGCAAGCAAGCUCGAUAACAAAAAUACUUUGAUGCUUGGUGUUGGAUUUAAGACUGCAGGAGGAAAUGUUUUGAGAGUUUCAAAAACGUGUCUGAAUAAAGCUAGAGCUUUGUUUGCAGAUUUAGAGGAGAAUCCUGUGACAUGUGAGAAACCCCAGGAAAAACAAAGUAGCAAAACUGAUACUAAAACAUGGCAUAAGCGCAGUGCUGAUAAUAGCAAUGGCAAUAGCAGUACCUUGGUACGUCAUAAAGAGGAUAGACGACCAGCUGUGCAGCACACAGAGGUUGUGCAACAUAAUGUGGAGAUUCACAAUUUUGUGUUGAAGAAUACACCAGCUUCAACCAAGGCAGCUUCUCCCCAUGGAACCCCGUCUUCAACAGCAAAGGCACCUUCAUCUCUCCCAUGCACAGCGACAUCAAAAAACAUUGGCUCCAUUUCCAUCAAUGAAUUGAGCAAUGCUGGUGGAUUCUGUACAGCCAGUGGGGAGAAAGUAAUUGUCUCAGCUGAUGCAAUGAAAAAAGCAGAGUGUCUUUUGAAUGACAUUCACACACUCGAGGGCGCAAACAAAGAACUGAAACAAAAAGGAGGUGCUUUAAAAACAGGACAUAUCAUCAAUCAAAUUCAGGUUUCAACACCCAAAAGUGGUGGAUUUCAGACAGCCAGUGGCAAAGGAGUUACCAUUUCAUCUGAAGCUCUCAAGAAAGCAAAAUCAUUGUUGAGUGAAUGUGAUGAAGUCGAGGAUAAAAUCUGUGCAAAACCAACACAUUCCAAGACACCAGUUCCUGGUCCUCCACCCAGGAAUAGUGGAUUUCUUGCAGCCAGUGGUAAGCCAGUGGCAUUUUCAUCUGAGGCCCUCCGAAAGGCCAAAGCUCUUUUCAGUGACAUCAGUUUGAAUGCAGAGAUCCCAGCCAUUUCAGACACAAGGAAUAGUGACAAGAAACAAGACAACGUCAACGAUAUAGAAAAAAUACAUUGUGGUUUCUCAACUGCAAGGGGAGCAAAAGUUCACGUUUCACAGAAAAAUCUGUUGAAAGCAGAAAACCUUUUAAAAGAAUUUGAUGAUGGUUCUAUUUCAGCAAAAGCAACACAAGAAGCAGAUGCUUUCUUCAAGGACUGUGACAAUCAGGGCCGUAAAGAUGGAAUGUCCAUAAAUCAUUGUAAAAGUAUAGCACCGGUCAGUGGAAACGGUAGCGAGAAGAAAAGCCUUCCAAAAUUUAAACAAGAUCACAAAGUGACAAACGUUUCUGAAGAAUCUGGAAGUGGACACACCAAAUUGGAAAAAAUGUCCAUGGAACGAAUUGUAAACUAUGAAAAGAUGCUUGAUGGUGAUAAUAUGAAGAUUCACAAAGUGGUUUUAAAUAAUACACCAGACCCUGAUUGCUCUUCUGGCAAUAAGUUGAGCAGCAGUGGUGGAUUCUGUACAGCCAGCGGGAAAAAGGUGUCAGUGUCAGAUGAAGCUAUGACAAAAGCAAAGAGUCUUCUGAAUGAAAAUGCUACAUUGGAGGACAAACAACUGAAACAAAAAGACACUUUACUACCACAAAACGCUGGCUUUCAGGCAGCGAGUGGCAAAGGAGUUGCUAUUUCAUCUGCAGCCUUAAAGAAAGCAAAAACUCUGUUGAGUGAAUGUGAAGGAGUUGAGGAUCAGAUUGCUGCAAAACCAACACAUUCAAAGAUGCCAGUUCCUGUUCCACCACCCAGGAAUCAUGGAUUUCUUGCAGCCAGUGGUAAAUCAGUGGCAUUUUCAACUGAGGCCCUCCAAAAGGCAAAAGCGCUUUUUAGUGACAUGGACUUCAGUGCAGAUGUCCCAGCUGUUUCACACAAAACAAAGAUUGAACACAAAGAUGCUCAAAAUGAAACAGAAAAAAUACAUUGUGGUUUCUCAACUGCAAUGGGAGCAAAAGUUCACGUUUCACAGAAAAAUCUGUUGAAAGCAAAAAACCUUUUAAAAGAAUUUGAUGAUGGUUCUAUUUCAGCAAAAGCAACACAAGAAGCAGAUGCUUCCUUCAAGGACUGUGACAAUCAGGACAGUAAAGAUGGAAUGUCCAUAAAUCAUUGGAAAAGUAUAGCACCGGUCAGUGAUAACGGUAGCGAGAAGAAAAGCCUUCCAAAAUUUAAACAAGAUCACAAAGUGACAAACGUUUCCGAAGAAUCUGGAAGUGGACACACCAAGUUGGAAAAAAUGUCCAUGGAACAAAUUGUAAACUAUGAAAAGAUGCUUGAUAGUGAUAAUAUGAAGAUUCACAAAGUGGUUUUAAAUAAUACACCAGACCCUGAUUGCUCUUCUGGCAAUAAGUUAAGCAGCAGUGGUGGAUUCUGUACAGCCAGUGGGAAAAAGGUGUCAGUGUCAGAUGAAGCCAUGACAAAAGCAAAGAGUCUUCUGAAUGAAAAUGCUACAUUGGAGGACAAACAACUGAAACAAAAAGACACUUUACUACCACAAAACGCUGGCUUUCAGAAAGCGAGUGGCAAAGGAGUUGCUAUUUCAUCUGCAGCCUUAAAGAAAGCAAAAACUCUGUUGAGUGAAUGUGAAGGAGUUGAAGAUCAGAUUGCUGCAAAACCAACAGAUUCAAAGAUGCCAGUUCCUGGUCCACCACCCAGGAAUCAUGGAUUUCUUGCAGCCAGUGGUAAAUCAGUGGCAUUUUCAACUGAGGCCCUCCAGAAGGCAAAAGCGCUCUUCAGUGACAUGGAUUUCAGUGCAAAUGUCCCAGCUGUUUCACACAAAACAAAGAGUGAACACAAAGAUGCUCAAAAUGAUACAGAUAAAAUACAUUGUGGUUUCUCAACUGCAGGGGGAGCAAAAGUCCAUGUGUCACAGAAAAAUUUGUUGAAAGCAAAGAACCUUUUCAAUGACCUUACUGGUGUGGAGUGUCAUGAUUCAAACUCAACAAGCCCAGCAGACACCCAUAAAUUAGAUAUUUUAAAAGUAAAAGAUGUGAAAAGAGCUUCAAAUUCUAAUCUCACCACAGCAAGUGAAAGAGACAUCCCUGCUAAUGAAAGUGCCCCUCAGGUGGUGACAUCUUUGCAAGAGACUGACCAUGAAAAUGACACUCUUCAAAGUUCAAGUGUGCAUGAUUGCAUUUUUAUGAAAGACAAGGCACCUACAGAUGCAUUUAAGAUUGAAGAAGGAAGAAUUACCUCAUCAGGGGUUGGCAGCCUCCAUGACAACCCUAGAGAGGAAAUGUCAACUGUGUUGAACUACAAAAUAAAUCAAACAAGCAGCAGUGGCGGAUCUAAGGUCAACAGAACAGAAGAGUCUUCAGUUCUAUGCUUUGAAUCAUUUAACCUAAGUGGCUGCACUGAAACUCAGCAGAGGUUACUUGCCCAGGAAGCUUUGGACUGCACUAAAGCUUUGUUAGAGGAUGAAAAUCUGGCUGGCCAAAGACUCUCAAUGACUUUAGAAAAUGUGCCACAGCAGGAUAACUCAAAAUCCAUGUCUGUAAAGGACCAAAGGGGAAGAGGGAAAAGACAUGUCGAGGACCCAGAUAUCACCGGUCAGCCUCCCCUGAAGCGACGAUUAUUGGAAGAAUUUGACAGGACUGUGGAGGGUCCAAGAGGUUCAACACUCCAUCCAGAAAAAAGCAUUCCCGAUGGUGUAAUGAAAGAUAGGAGGGUUUUCAAGUACGGCGUCUCUCUUCAUGCAAACAUCACAAGGCCACAUAGGAAUGGAAACAGCUAUGUGGAAACUAGAAUUCAAAAGACACCAUCACAACACUCAAUCACAGGGGACAGCAGAUCAGCAUAUUCCAAGAUGCCCAUGUUUGUUCCUCCAUUCCUCAAGAAUACAGAGAGUCGCAAGAAUACAGUGAUCAAAGACAGCAUAAGAACACCUUCAGCCUUUGUUCCUCCAUUCAAAAAACAAAGAACUAUUGUCAAAGAGAGCUCCUCUACUCCACAGGAGGAGGAAAAACUCCAGCACACUGUAACGCCCUUUAACAGCAACACUUACGUACCACCCGCUAAAACAACACAAAGCACUUCAGAUGUAACUGGUACUAAAAGCAAAGAGGACAUUCAGAUGGUGGCCUUGGUUGACACUACAAAUGAUAAUCUUGUGAAUAAUGAAAAGAUUCCUGUUGGCUGUGGAUCAGAGGGCUCUUCUGCCGAGGCAUUAUGUGUGGAGGACACAUUAUUCAGAAGUCAAGACAUGUUUCAGGAUGUUCAUAACAUUGAGCUGGCACGAGAUAUGCAACACAUGAGGAUCAGGAAAAAGAAGCGGCAGACCAUUCGGCCUUUGCCUGGAAGUUUGUAUCUGACCAAAUCGUCAGGAGUGCAGAGGAUACCGUUAAAAGCUGCGGUGAAUGGAAAGCCUCCUGCAAGAUUCUCCCAAAAACAGCUGUAUAGCCUUGGAGUUCAUCAGCAUGUGUGUGAGGUCACCAGUGAGACUGCAGAAUCUUUUCGCUUCACUUUAAGGCACUUUGUCAAACAGGAAGCAUUUAUAGAUGGAGGUGGUGUUCAGCUUGCUGAUGGAGGAUGGCUGAUCCCCAGCAAUGAUGGGACUGCAGGGAAAGAAGAGUUUUAUAGAGCAUUAUGUGACACCCCGGGUGUGGAUCCUAAACUGAUCAGUGAGGAGUGGGUGUACAAUCACUACAGAUGGAUUGUGUGGAAACAGGCCUCCAUGGAAAGAUCAUUUCCAGAAACAAUGGGCAGCCUCUGUCUCACCCCAGAACAGGUUCUGCUACAGCUUAAAUAUAGAUAUGAUGUAGAGGUGGACCACAGCCGCAGGCCAGCUCUGAGAAAGAUCAUGGAAAAGGACGACACAGCGGCCAAAACACUGGUCCUCUGUGUUUGCGGGGUCGUCUCCAGGGGUCACUCCCCAAAAAGACACAGUUGCAGUGACGUCAAGACUCCAGGUGCUGAUGCCAAGGUUGAAAACCCAUCUGCGGUUGUCUGGCUGACAGAUGGAUGGUAUGCUAUUAAGGCCCAGCUGGAUGAACCUUUGACUGCCAUGCUUCACAAAGGUCGACUGGCUGUCGGUGGGAAGUUGAUAAUCCAUGGAGCUCAGCUGGUGGGAUCACAAGAUGCUUGCUCCCCUCUGGAGGCACCUGAUUCUCUCAUGUUAAAGAUUUGUGCCAAUAGCAGCAGACCUACACGAUGGCAUGCCAGACUGGGAUUUCACAAGGAUCCACGGCCAUUCCUGCUUCCGAUUUCCUCUUUGUACAGCAACGGAGGACCAGUAGGAUGUGUGGACAUUAUCAUACUGAGACGCUACCCCAUUCAGUGGAUGGAGAGGAAACCAGAUGGAGGUGUUGUGUUCCGUUCUGUUCGUGCAGAAGAGAAGGAAGCAAGACGAUAUAACAACCACAAACAAAAAGCGAUGGAGGUCCUGUUUGCCAAGAUUCAAGCUGAAUUUGAAAAGGAGGAUAAAGGUAAUAACAAACCUCAACGCAGAAGGCGGACAAUAAGUCGUCAGGAUAUUGCAAGUCUCCAAGAUGGAGAGGAGCUCUAUGAAGCAGUGGGGGAUGACGCAGCAUAUCUUGAGGCUAAUUUGAGUGAACAGCAGCUGGAGGCUCUACACACUUACAGACGUUCUCAGAUGGAUAAGAAGCAGGCUGAGCUGCAGGAUCGGUACAGACGAGCUUUAGAAAAUGCGGAGGACCAAGAAGGUAGCUGUCCCAAGAGAGACGUUACGCCUGUGUGGAGGGUUUGCAUUGCUGAUUCCAUGGAUCAACCCGGCAGCGUUUACCAGUUGAACCUUUGGCGACCUCCUUCAGAUCUUCAGUCUUUACUUAAGGAAGGCUGUCGAUACAAAGUCUACAACCUCACCACCUCAGAUGGAAAGAAACAUGGUGGUAGCACAACUGUUCAGUUGACUGGCACAAAGAAAACACAGUUUCAAGACCUGCAGGCUUCUCAGGACUGGUUAUCAACACAUUUUCAACCGAGGGUGUCUACCCAUUUUGUUGAUCUUCAAAACACAGAAUUCCAGUCGCUGUGUGGAGAGGUUGAUCUCACAGGAUAUGUCAUCAGUAUCAUAGAUGGACAGGGUUUCUCGCCUGCAUUUUAUUUGGCUGAUGGGAAACUGAACUUUGUUAAAGUGCGCUGUUUCAGCAGCUUUGCUCAGUCAGGUUUGGAGGAUCUGGUAAAACCACGUGUCCUGUUGGCUCUGAGCAACCUGCAGCUGAGAGGUCAGUCAGCAUCUCCCACUCCCGUUGUGUACGCUGGAGAUCUGACCGUCUUCUCAACAAAUCCCAAGGAAGUUCAUCUACAGGAAUCUCUCAGCCAACUCAGAAACCUGGUCCAGGGUCAGGAGAACUUCUUUCUAACUGCUGAGGAGAAGCUUUCACAUUUAGUCAAAUCUGAUGGCCUGAGCUCCAUCUCCUCUCCAGCUCUGCAAGCACGAACCCCAGCAACAGAUAAAAAAGACACAAAGAGUGUGACGUCUCAGCAGCCUGUCAGAGGCUUUGGAUGCUUCACACCUGUCACCAGGAACCCUCCUGCAACAAACUGUUCAACAGAGAAAGACCCUAUCCGUCUGAAGAGGAGAAGAGCUUUGGACUAUCUGUCUCGUAUCCCAUCUCCACCACCUCUCUCCAAUCUGGGCUCAGUGGCUUCUCCGUGUGUAAAUAAGACUUUCAACCCCCCUCGGAGGUCUGGGACACCUAGCACUUUAAAAACUGUACAGAUGCCAGCCUGCAAACCCGUCAAUUCACCGUUGGAGGAUGAAUGGGUGAAUGAUGAGGAACUGGCUAUGAUCGAUACUCAGGCAUUGCUUGCUGAUGAUUAUCCCUCUGCGGACCCCCUGGGGGUCCCGGACCCCCCGUUGAAGACCCCUGGUAUGGACAGUAUUGCGCUGCAAGCAGCAGGUGGCGCUGACGGUCCUCCAACCAUUAACAAGGAAGCGAAGAAGAAAAAACGACCCGACUUCCGUAAACAUAAGAUGUCUCACCCUGAAUGUGUGGGUGUGUGUGAGAAAGCAGAAGAUGGUAGAGAUGACUCUCCUGACAAAUGCACUACAUCAGUGAGUAAUGGGUGCAGCAGUCCGGACAGGCAGCGUGUGUUAAAGGAGGUCGGACUCACCAGCACCACCUUCAUCGGUCCAGCGUUUCCUCCUCCACAAACAACCACGGUCAAGUCUGACCUCGAAGACACGCUGAGCGAGUUUUACAAAGAGCUGGAGAAGAUCGAUACACCAGACGGUGCUGAUGAUACAAAACAAGAUGCCAUACCUCCAGAAACAUCUACCAGCGAAGAGCCUCGGGGUGCGAGCGAGGAGAGAACAGAAACAGACCAUUAUCAGAGAAGCAGUGGGCACAAGCAGCAGUCGUGGCCUCACUGGUAUCAAAAUGAGCCAUACUACCACAGAAGGCCGAGGCCGGACGUGGAUCCAAGCUCUGGCAGAGCUGCUUCUCCCCAACAUCAGUGGCAUUAUCCUCAAACACUGAACAGACCGCCACCGCGUCAUUCGCCGCCCCCAACUGCAUUCCAGGGUCCACGUAACCCGCCGUCACACGCGAAUCACAGCUGGCGUGGUUCGGGCAUGACAAACCAGCAUCGAGAGGAGUCGCAUCUUCCAACGUUUUAUAGAUUCCCACCUCCGAGCGUAUGCAGCCACCCGUCUCAGGGCUUUAAUGAAGGUUCUCCGAAGAACUUUGACAGGGAUGAGCGAGGUGGUAGCUUCGAUGCAUACUCAGAUCACGUAAAUGUUGCGUGGUCUAGAGACGGAGAGAGAGCGAGAGAGGAAUGGUGUCAGCUGGGGGAAGAUUAUGACAGGCGCCAGAGAUACGAUUCACAAAGUAAAACCUGGGAGCAUUACUACCAGUCCGCUGAUAACAAUAAUGCAUACCAUUCGUCACUGGUGCUGAUCUUGAUGAGGGGAUUACCCGGAUCUGGGAAAUCAACCCUGGCCAGGGAGCUGCUCUCCACUGGUCCCAGUGGGCUGAUACUGAGCACAGAUGACUUCUUUGCACACAGAGAUGGCUACCGCUACGAAGCAGGACUUCUCCAUGCCGCGCAUGAAUGGAACCAGAGGCGAGCUAAAGACGCUAUGGACGAUGGACGAUCUCCCAUCAUUAUUGAUAAUACAAACAUCCAAGCUUGGGAAAUGAAGCCAUAUGUCCAGAUGGCUGUGGACAGAGGAUACAAAGUGGACUUUUGUGAACCCGACACCACCUGGAAGUUUGAUCCUCGUGAGCUGGAGAAGAGGAACAAGCACGGCGUUCACCAGGAGAAGAUUGCGCAGAUGAUGGAUCGUUUCUCAUUACCUAUAUCCAUAGACAUCGUCAUGAGUUCACAAGAGCCGCUUCACGUGAACCAGAGACCUCGACCAGAGCAGCCACGAAGGAUGAUGAGACGCCGAGAUUUCUAUUAGCUUUUUUACAAAGAACUUUAACCAAAUAAUUUGCAUUGAAGAACAACACUUUUGUAAUGUUGUGAAUGUUAUCAGCCGCUGUUUUCCACCUGACUUUUAAUUAUUUUGUAUACUGUAAAUUUAUAUAAUGAGAGCUUAAAUGUAUUUUUUCUGAAGAAGUUUUCAAGAAGAAAUGAUUGCAACAUUUUUGCUAGGAAAUAAAACCUGCAUUAUUUUUGCAUUUGGUAUUACA